UAUGUGUGAUUCAUCCAUCAUCUGUUGUCUUCAACAAAAGACAAGCCCAAGAAAGAGAAAACAAUAGAAGUAAAAAAUAUUAGUGAAGCGGUGAAAACAAGAGAAAAAAAGGUGGCUCCUUUUUGUUUCUGGAGAUGCGUUCUUGUGACCCUUCAUUGAAAUUUAGGGUUCCUUUACUCAGAUUUCGAGUUCGUUGUGUUUGAAUCUCUGUUGGGUUUCUCUCUUUAUUCGAUUUGGGGAAAUGGCUGAUUGGUAUCAGCUUGCACAGUCUAUAAUCUUAGGUUUGAUCUUCGCUUACCUUCUCGCUAAGCUAAUCUCUAUCCUCGUCGCGUUUAAAGACGAGAAUCUCUCACUCACUCGUAGCCACACGACCCAAUCAGAGUAUGAGAACUUGCGUAAGGUCGAAUCUUCAACUGCGAUUAGCGGCGAGACUGAUUCUCUUAUAGCUGAGCAAGGUAGCUUGAGAGGUGAUGAUGAAGAAGAUGAGGACGAUGAUGAUUGGGAAGGUGUUGAAAGUACAGAACUUGACGAAGCAUUUAGUGCUGCGACGGCGUUUGUGGCUGCUGCUGCAUCGGACAGGCUUUCGCAGAAAGUAUCAAAUGAAUUGCAACUUCAGCUUUAUGGAUUGUAUAAGAUUGCUACUGAAGGACCUUGUACUGCUCCUCAACCAUCAGCUCUUAAAAUGACUGCUCGUGCCAAGUGGCAAGCGUGGCAGAAAUUGGGUGCUAUGCCUCCUGAGGAAGCAAUGGAGAAGUACAUCGAGCUUGUUACUCAGUUGUAUCCAGCUUGGGUAGAUGGUGGCUCGAAAAGAAGAAAUCGGAGUGGUGAUACUGCAGGCCCCAUGGGGCCGGUGUUUAGCUCAUUGGUGUACGAAGAGGAAUCCGAAAAUGAGUUGAAGAUUGAUGCGAUUCACGCCUUUGCUAGAGAAGGAGAAGUCGAGAAUCUACUGAAAUGCAUAGAAAAUGGCAUACCAGUAAAUGCAAGAGAUAGUGAAGGUAGAACACCGCUGCAUUGGGCUAUAGACCGUGGCCACCUUAAUGUUGCUGAAGCUCUGGUUGAAAAGAACGCCGAUGUGAACGCUAAAGACAAUGAAGGCCAAACCUCUCUACACUAUGCCGUUGUGUGCGAAAGAGAAGCACUCGCAGAGUUUCUGGUGAAGCAGAAAGCUGAUACAACCAUUAAAGAUGACGACGGAAACUCGCCUCUUGAUCUCUGUGAAUCAGAGUGGUCUUGGAUGCGAGAGAAGAAAGAUUCCAAUUAGGGGUAUUAUAAGUUUUUAAAUUGUGUGUUAAUCAAAUGUGUCAAACAAAACUAGAUGCUUGUUUUUUUUUUUUUUUAACCUUUCCUCUGAAUCUUUGCUUCCUCUAAAAGUUUAUGUUUUGACAUACAACAACACACGUUACAUGAUAUAGUAACUCUAGUUUUAUAAAGUA